CUCCGGAAAGACAUUGGUAGUGGGUUGGACAAUGGGGAAAUAUUAGUAAACCUUAUAUAAAAUUGUUGGUCUUGUGCUUGUAUUUAACACAUCAUUAUGGGGAAGAAACACAAAAAGCACAGGCCUGAAUGGAGGACGGUUGAUGGUUAUGAAGACAAACCUCUGGAGAAACCAUUGAAGCUGGUGCUGAAAGUGGGAGGCAACGAGGUCACUGAGCUCUCCGGUUCUGGACAUGACUCUAGUUACUAUGAUGACAGAUCUGACCAUGAACGCGAACGCCACAAAGAAAAGAAGAAGAAAAAGAAGAAGAAAUCAGAAAAGGACAAAGACAAGCACGUAGAUGACGAGGAGAGAAGGAGACGGAAGGAAGAAAAGAAGAAAAAGAAGGAGCUAAGGGAGCAGAGUGAAAAUGCUGCUGCAAGUGCAAGUGCAAGUGCACCACCAGCACCACCACCACCAAUUGAGCCCUUUGUUUUGCCAAAACCUGUUGAGCCAGUAGAGGAGAAGAAGCGGAAACGGGACAAGUGUUAUGCAGAGGAAGGCAUCGAUGAGUUCCAUCCAAGGAUUAAGGUUGAAGUUGAACAGGCGGGUGACAGGCCUGUCCGAGCUUGCAGGACCCAGCAAGAGAGUGAAUGUACCCCAUUUCAACAGAUCCUAGAGCAUUUCAUUCGACAGCUUCAGAGGAAAGACCCCAAUGGGUUCUUUGCAUUUCCAGUGACAGAUGUCAUUGCUCCUGGUUAUUCCACUAUCAUUAAGCACCCCAUGGACUUCAGCACAAUGAAAGACAAGGUCACUGAAAAUGAGUACAAAACAGUCACAGAGUUUAAGGCAGAUUUCAAGCUCAUGUGUGACAAUGCUAUGCUGUACAAUCGACCUGAGACGGUUUACUACAAAGCUGCCAAGAAAUUGCUCCACACAGGGUUCAAGAUGAUGAGCAAAGAGCGGCUCCUGACGUUGAAGCGCAGCAUGUCUUUCAUGCAUGACAUGGAUUUCUCCCAGCAGGCGGCCAUUUUGGGCGAUGAAGACAUUGCUGCCGAAGAGCCAGAGCCUGCCGUCAUCCCCAUGCCUGUGGAGUCAGCCAAAAAGUCCAAGAAGCAGCCCCUUCACAGAGAGCCCCUCAUCAGUGAUAUUUAUGAGCCAGAGGGAAAUGCCUGCAGCUUGACGGACAGCACAGCAGAAGAGCAUGUUCUGGCCCUAGUGGAGCACGCUGCUGAUGAAGCACGAGAUCGCAUCAACCGUUUCAUGCCCAGCUCCAAGAUUGGUUACCUAAGGAAAGAGGGAGAGGGUCUCCUCUACACUGUUGUCAAUCAGCAGGAACCAGAUGCGGAAGAGGAGGAGACCCACCCUGUUGACCUGAGUUCACUAUCAAAUAAGCUCUUACCUGGUCUAACAGCACUGGGAUUCAAAGACGACCGGAGACACAAAGUGACGUUCCUCAGCAGUGCGUACAACACGCAGACCCUCCAGAACAACUCCAUCUAUCCUGACCUGCUCCCAGAGGAGAUGGACGUGCUCUACUCGGCCUACGGGGACGAGACGGGAGUGCAGUGCGCCCUCAGUCUCCAGGAGUUUGUGAAGGGCUGCGGAGGCAUCACCAAGAAGCUUGUGGAUGAAUUACUGGACAAGAUGACGGGUGGGGAUCACUCCAAAUCAGUGUUCCAGAUUCGACAGAAAAGAAACAUGUCUGCUACACCAGAUGAAACCAAGACUAACAUCUCUGAUAUGCAGCAGGAUGGAAGUGGGACAUCAGGAGAGAGCAGCUCAAUGCUGGAUUUCAUGUCUAUGAAGAGCUAUCCUGACAUGUCUCUUGAUAUAUCCAUGCUGAACAAUCUGGGUAAGACGGUGAAGAAAGAGCCGGAACACGACGAGGGCCACCAGCACUUUGACGACACUGCCAAGCUCCUGCAGGAGUUCCAGGACACACAGGUGGACAGGGUGGGCUCCAGGCCCUCAUCCAACCUGUCCUCCCUCUCCAACGCCUCCGAACGAGACCAGCACCACCUGGGGAGUCCAGCACACCUUGGUGUUGGAGAUCAGUCAGAGAUGAUGCACGACCCGUAUGAGUUUCUCCAGUCUCCUGAACCAGGCACCACUGCCAACAGCUGAUGGAUGCACUUUCCCCUUCCAAUCUAAUGUCCGCUUGUACAUGGGCUUUCUUUUGUGUAAUGUGUCUUUGAUUACAAUUGAUUGGACUGGCUUACUAUGUCCGCUGAGUAUGUAUGUUGUGAUGUAAGUUGUACAGAUUCAUUUGUAUUGCCUGGUCAUGUUUGAGAAUAAAUGCUCUACCAGCAUUUUUUUAAACAA